AUGCAAUUAAUGAAGUCUAAAAGUCAUCGAACGAUAAUAACUGGGUAACAAUUAAAUUAACUGAAUUAGGUUGGUAUAAACAUACGAACUGGCAUCUUUCAUUAAGUAAAUUGAAAUAAGCUUCUAUAUUUACUUAUUUACAAUUAUGACGUCGAAUAGUGAUUCAGUGACGUGGUUAGCGAAUAUCCUUCUAAGACCGUUGAAAAUAUACGAAAAUACUUUCAACUACGCUAUAUAUUCGACAAUUUUCAUAUUAUUCAGCGCCUUCAGUAUUUUAGGCAAUAUAAUCGGUUUUCUCAAUGUUACUGGAACUGUUGAUAAACUCGAAGCUCUAGUCGCCAUUACUUCGCAACUAAAUGGCGUUUUGUUGUACCUCGGAGUGCACAGAUACCGAAAACAAAUACUCCAGUUAUUUAUAAAAUUAGAAGAGAAGCAGCCAAAUACCGACGCUAUACCAAACAGAACAGAGGUAUUUGUAAAAAUAAAAUUAAUAUGGUUUUCGGUAGCUUUAGGCAUAUCAACCACACUGUUCGUUGCGUCUUCGUUGAUCACCUACUUCAUGGAAGAUAAAAUUAGUGAUAAGCAUUCUUUAUUGAUACCAUUUUGGUUCUCGUGCGGCGAUCCAAAUUUCAAUAGGGUGCUUUGUUGGGAAACUUCAACCAAAGAUGAUCUCCUGGCGAAGAAUAUCAUCCUGUUUGGAGUAGUAAAUACGCAGAUAUUUGCGUACAUUUCGUCGUUUGUUUCGUUUGGUAUAAAUGUUGGACAACUGGAAAUGCAUUUGCAAAAUAUCGAGAAACGAGUCGAUCGUCUUAAUAGUGAAGCCGAUGAAGCUGAAACUGCCAUUAAUGGAGCUGAAAAGUUGGGAAUCGAGUUGUCUGAAAUUCACGUUGAUGAGGAUGAUUUUCAUCGUCAGUUUUUAGAAAUUAUUAAAUAUCAACAGUUCCUGUACGGCUGCAUAAAAUCGACAGUUCAACCGUGGAAAACAUACGUUAGUUACUAUUACGCAUCCGCUAUAGUAGAUGUGACCUUAUUACUAUUCUCAGCUGGAAUGGAGUAUCGAAAUGAAAAAUCACUCGCCCUCAGAGCUAUGACACUAUGCCAGAUGAGGCUACUUAUGGCGUUCAUUAUUGCACAUUGCUCUCACAUCAUAUCACACCUGAACGAAGAUUUCUCCCACUUAUUGGCCAAAAUUCGUUGGUACGAGAGGAACGCGAAAUUUCAGAAAAUAUAUCUCCGAAUGCUAUGUUUUCAUCAAAAAACAAACGUAAUGAAAAUUUAUGGAAUCAUGGAAGUGAAUUUCAAUUUUUACGCCAACAUGUUGAACAAAAUCUACUCUUUCGUAAAUUUAUUGAUUUUAAGGUACAAAACAUAAGUAUAAUUUAUUUUUAAAAAACCGCAAAAGACCGCAAUUGUAAUUAAUUUUUUUGAGUAAGUACCUACCUAUUGUAACACAAAUUUUUUCUUUGUUUUCGAAUAAAAUAUUAACAACGA